GUUUUUCCUUCGUUCUUUUCACCUUUAUUUUCUUUCAACAAACUUAAAAAAAAAAACUAAAGCCUGAGGCCAGUAAUAGAGAAGGCUUUGCUUCCAUCUCCUUCUUUCUCUAAGUCUCCACUCUAAUAGAUACCAAGAAAGAACAAUGCGAACUGCAAAUUUGUCUCAGAUCUUGUGUUUCUAAACGAAUCAGAUACAAAUAUUAUUUCCAUUCAAGAAGAAGAAGAAGAAAAGAAAGAUGUUGAGAUUGAAAGCUUUUAAGCCGAGCAGUGAGAAAAUAGUAAAGAUACAGUUACAUCCAACGCAUCCAUGGCUUGUCACUGCCGAUGCCUCCGAUCGCGUCUCUGUUUGGAAUUGGGAACACCGUCAGGUAAUAUAUGAGCUAAAAGCUGGUGGCGUUGAUGAGAGACGUUUGGUUGGAGCUAAGUUGGAGAAGCUAGCCGAGGGCGAAUUAGACUCUAAAGGGAAACCCACAGAAGCCAUGAGAGGAGGCAGUGUUAAACAGGUGAACUUCUAUGAUGAUGAUGUACGGUUUUGGCAACUUUGGCGCAACCGCUCGGCAGCUGCUGAAGCUCCGGGUGCUGUCAAUAAUGUUAGUUCAACAUUCACUUCUCCUGCUCCAUCAACUAAAGGGAGGCACUUUCUUGUAAUUUGCUGUGAAAAUAAAGCCAUUUUCUUGGAUUUGGUUACAAUGCGUGGUCGUGAUGUGCUUAAGCAAGAGCUGGAUAAUAAGUCGCUCUUAUGUAUGGAGUUUCUCUCCAGAUCUACUGCUGGGGAGGGCCCUUUAGUUGCAUUUGGUGGAUCGGAUGGUGUCAUUAGAGUUCUUUCAAUGAUAACAUGGAGGCUUGUACGUAGGUAUACUGGAGGUCACAAAGGAUCUAUUUCUUGUUUGAUGACUUUCAUGGCAUCCUCUGGAGAGGCACUUCUUGUCUCAGGUGGUAGCGAUGGUUUACUUGUUCUUUGGAGUGCAGACCAUGGUCAAGAUUCCCGAGAACUUGUACCUAAGCUAAGUUUAAAGGCACAUGAUGGUGGAGUCGUGGCUGUUGAGCUUUCCAGAGUGAUAGGAGGUGCUCCACAACUUAUUACCAUUGGCGCAGAUAAAACAUUAGCUAUAUGGGAUACAAUUUCUUUCAAGGAGUUACGGCGAAUUAAGCCUGUUCCAAAACUGGCUUGCCACAGUGUGGCAUCUUGGUGCCAUCCUCGAGCUCCAAACCUCGAUAUAUUAACUUGUGUUAAGGAUUCACAUAUAUGGGCUAUUGAACACCCCACAUAUUCAGCCCUUACGAGGCCAUUGUGUGAGCUUUCUUCACUCAUCCCUCCUCAAGUUCUAGCACCAAACAAGAAACUUAGGGUUUAUUGUAUGGUUGCACAUCCUUUACAGCCUCACCUUGUUGCUACUGGAACCAAUAUUGGUGUUAUUGUUAGUGAGUUUGAUGCCAGAUCUCUUCCUGCGGUAGCUCCCCUACCAACACCACCAGGAAAUAGGGAGCAUUCUGCUGUCUAUGUAGUUGAAAGGGAGUUGAAGUUACUGAACUUUCAAUUGUCCAACACAGUAAACCCAUCUCUUGGAAGCAAUGGCUCCUUAUCUGAAACAGGAAAGUACAGGGGAGAAUCAGCUGAACCAUUACAUGUCAAGCAGAUCAGGCAGCAUAUUAGUACACCUGUUCCACAUGAUUCAUAUUCAGUUCUUUCUGUUAGCAGUUCAGGGAAAUACCUUGCAAUUGUGUGGCCCGAUAUUCCUUACUUCUCCAUAUACAAGGUCAGUGAUUGGUCCAUUGUAGAUUCAGGCAGUGCAAGGCUUUUGGCUUGGGAUACAUGUCGUGAUAGAUUUGCUAUACUGGAAUCUGCAUUAGCUCCUAGAAUUCCUGUGAUUCCCAAGGGGGUUUCAUCAAGGAGAGCAAGAGAAGCAGCCGCAGCUGCAGCACAAGCUGCAGCAGCUGCUGCAAGUGCUGCUUCUGCUGCCAGUGUGCAAGUGCGUAUUUUGCUCGAUGAUGGUACAUCAAAUAUCCUGAUGAGGUCCAUAGGAAGUCGUUCUGAACCGGUAAUUGGCUUGCAUGGAGGGGCACUACUAGGUGUGGCCUAUAGAACUUCCCGGAGGAUUAGCCCUGUUGCAGCAACAGCUAUUUCUACUAUUCAAUCUAUGCCUUUGUCAGGAUUUGGAAGUAGUGGCGUGUCUUCAUUUAGUACUUUUGAAGAUGGAUUUUCUCCUCAGAGAUCUCCUGCAGAGGCAGCCCCUCAAAACUUUCAGUUGUAUAGUUGGGAAAAUUUUGAACCUGUGGGUGUACUACUUCCUCAGCCAGAAUGGACUGCAUGGGAUCAAACAGUUGAGUAUUGUGCUUUUGCCUAUCAGCAGUAUAUUGUAAUAUCUUCUUUGCGCCCUCAAUAUCGGUACCUGGGAGAUGUUGCAAUUCCCUAUGCUACUGGAGCAGUUUGGCAUCGGAGACAGCUUUUUGUGGCUACACCAACUACCAUUGAAUGUGUGUUUGUGGAUGCUGGAGUUGCAGCAAUUGACAUAGAAACGAGAAAGAUGAAAGAAGAGAUGAAAAUGAAAGAGGCACAGGCAAGAGCAGUUGCUGAACAGGGAGAGUUAGCCCUAAUCACUGUAGAAAAUCCCCAAACUGCUGCACAAGAAAGAAUAAAAUUAAGGCCACCUAUGCUACAGGUGGUUCGUUUAGCUUCUUUUCAGAAUGUUCCCUCCAUACCACCUUUCUUAACAUUGCCAAAGCAGACAAGAGUUGAUGACAGUGAUUGGGCAACACCAAAGGAGAUAGAAGAGAAGCGGGUUAAUGAGAUAGCAGUUGGUGGGGGAGGAGUGUCUGUGGCAGUUACUCGUUUCCCAACAGAGCAGAAAAGACCCGUUGGACCUCUAGUAGUGGUGGGUGUAAGAGAUGGAGUUCUUUGGCUGAUUGAUAGGUAUAUGUGUGCACAUGCCAUAUCCCUAAGUCACCCUGGGAUUCGCUGUCGGUGUCUUGCUGCUUAUGGAGAUGCUAUUACUGCAGUGAAAUGGUCAAGUAGGCUUGGUAGAGAACAUCAUGAUGAUUUGGCGCAAUUUAUGCUGGGGAUGGGCUAUGCUAUGGAAGCACUUCAUUUACCAGGGAUAUCUAAGAGGUUGGAGUUUGAUCUAGCCAUGCAGAGCAAUGAUUUGAAAAGAGCACUUCAGUGCCUUCUUACGAUGAGCAAUAGCAGGGACAUAGGGCAAGAUGGUACGGGACUUGGUUUGAGUGACAUUCUCAACAUAACAUCAAAGAAGGAAAAUAUUGUUGAAGCAGUUGAAGGAAUAGUAAAGUUUGCAAAGGAGUUUUUGGACCUUAUUGAUGCUGCAGAUGCUACUGCACAGGUUGACAUUGCUCGCGAAGCUCUCAAGAGAUUAGCUGUUGCAGGUUCCAUGAGAGGAGCUUUAGAGGAUCACGAAUUAAGAGGACUUGCUUUACGCCUUGCAAAUCAUGGGGAGUUGACAAGGCUGAGUGGUUUAGUAAAUAAUUUGAUUUCAAUUGGCUUGGGACGUGAAGCAGCAUUUUCAGCUGCUGUUCUGGGAGACAAUGCUCUCAUGGAAAAGGCUUGGCAGGAUACUGGGAUGCUCGCUGAGGCUGUACUUCAUGCCCAUGCUCAUGGGCGGCCAACACUUAAGACCUUGGUUCAGACUUGGAACAAAAUGCUACAGAAAGAGGUUGAACAUGGUCCGUCAACCAAGAUGGACGCUGCAGCUGCAUUUCUGGCUUCUCUCGAGGAACCCAAGCUUACCAGUUUGGCAGAUGCAGGGAAAAAACCACCAAUUGAAAUUCUUCCUCCAGGAAUGCCAUCACUUUCUGCUUUUAUUACUGGCCAGAAAAGACCUGGUCCCGGUACACUGGGUUCACAGCAGCAACCUAGUAAACCAUUACAAAUAGAAGCAGCCCCAGUUGCUACAACCGAACCAGUAUCUACAUCUAUUCCUAACACUACUGCUGCAACAACACCAGAAAAUGCACCUCCUAGUUCUACCCCAGAAGUAGAAAGUGCUAAACUGCAAACUCAAGCAGGUGAACCUCCUGUUUCUGUUGGUGAUAAUGCUCCUGUCCCAUCUUCAGGAAGCAACCCAGAUCUUGUUGCAUCAGGAGAAAGUAUCCCACCAGUGUCCACGAGCGAUACAACAUCAACCCCAACUGAAGUACCACCAGCACAAAUACCUGAUACUGAGGGAGCAACCGUUUCAAGAUCUAUGCCCUUAAGUGAUACUCUUGCUUGAAUAUCUAGUUUGUGGCCUACUGGAAAAACAGGACAUAUUGGGAAUUCUUAAUUGAUUCUUUGAUUUGCGGAGAAUUACAUGAAAGGAAUGUGGAGUAGAUAUUAGUUUCACAUCAAAUUGACUCUUAUAUUUUAUUCAUUUUUUUACUUUGGGAGGCAGAAUUUAGCUAUGUUCUGUAUUCUGAUUUGUAUUAUUUGUUUGCACCGUAUAGUUUUUUACAAUGCAGUUUAUAAUUUUAGAUGACUGGGUUGAGUUGCAGAGUUGUGGAUUAUUUCUAAUGGAGAUCUUUUACUGAUA